AUGCGUGGAAGGCACCUUUUGGAGUAUAAAAAGGUACUUUCCAUGCCAAAUGUCAACAGUGGAGUCGAUCUUACGGCCACUGGAGAAGUUUAUAAGAUUAUCUCGGCCAAUAAAUGGGCUCAUGGGACCGUUGUGGAUUUGAUGAGAUUGUCAAGUGAUAAAGUAAGAUGUGAAUGGAAGGACAAUGGAAAUGUGCGGGGGAAAGAUGGCAAAAGGGAGCCAAAAAUAGUCUCAGAGGGCAAAAUCGGUCAAUUUACGCACAAUUUAGACAAAGGAAAUGGAAAUCCAGUUGAUACUUGCCAAUCUGUGCUAAACUUGUCGCAAUUUGAUGUAAAAAGUGCCACUGGAGGAAGACCCGUGAUGUCGCCGUCAGGGGCUCUGCUGGAAAAGGAAGAAACGACGCCAUCUCUUGGACUUGUCGGUACCUCUAAUAAACUGCAUUGGUAUACAACCGUUGAUGAGGCAAUUGGCGUAACAGAAGACGCUCUAGAGGCCAACGGAGCUGAGCAACCUGCAAGUCAAUACGUAGGCACUGGAGGCUAUAGACACCAACCCAAGUGGAGAACGUUAACGUCUAUAAAUGAGGGAGUAAAUGAUGCAUCAAUGGAUACCAAUAUAGCACAAACUAGUGCUGGAGGAGGAAGGAGGCGAAACGACCAACAUUCAGUCGAUAGCUGCACGCUUAAAGCUUCAUCAGAGACUCCGAAUCAUACGACAGUUUGCAGUUCUGAAAUAACACAUACAUCAAAAAACACGAGGUAUACCCCUGAUUUUGCAGACUUUAUGCUUAAAAACGAUCCUCUUGUAACUCCUGGUAGUCGCAUCUCAUCAAUACGUUCACAAAUCUACAAUUUACCUCUACCUCGAUUGCAGGUCUGGCUAAAUUCUAUAGACCUCAACAGCAUAAUCAGAUUGCUAAAAAGAUAUUUAAACGGGGAUGCAGACUCUGACAAGGUCAUGAAAACCCUCAGCAUCAUUGAUGCAAAAUUGGAUAUUGACUCAAAAACUGCUUGCAAUGCGGUAUCAAAGAUAAUGAAAAUUCAGUACAAAGCGAUCAAAAAAUUUAAAAACGUCUCUAUACUGCACGAACCCCUUUAUAGGCGGUCAAUACAGGCUAUUGAGAUGCAUGCAAAGUGGGUAAAGGUCGACAUAUUUUUUGAAAUGGUAGAAACCAUGCUGCGCAUUUGGGUGUUUUCAAUUUCUGAUGGCAGCAUAGAGAAAAUAAUGCAAAUGCAUAAUUCAGAAGGAAGUACUUUGAAAGAACUCUGCAUGCCUCUCUUGGACUUUAUUGAAUGCAAAAUUUUCAAUGCUUCUACAGAUUCUAUAGAGUCAAUAAUACGUGUCAUUUCUCUCUUAUCCAACCAUUUGGAUAGAGAUGUCCUUGGAAACAUUCACGAUAUCGCAUUUUCAAAGAUAAAGGAAUUGUCAACGCGGUUCUCUAGGAGACAAACCGUUCAACUUCUCACUCUAAUGCUAUCAAUUGACAGUAAUCUAGAAAGACCAUUCCUAUCACUGUGCCGAUCAUUAUUGACGCCGCGAGGUAAAAGAAGCGUUGUAGUUGAUGGAAAAGAGUUGGCACUAAUCCUGAAAUGUUUGUCAUUAUCUGCAAGUGUCGAUUUUUAUACCUCAAACACCGUUUUAGGCUUUAUAGAAUUAAACGAAGAUACUCCUCUACCUGAUGAAGUAUUAAAAUCCAUCGCAAUAUUUUUAUUACGUACAUUUGGAAUUAAACCUCUCUCAAAGGACUCGAUACAACUAAUGAGAGGCUGGGAAAAGGUUACUGGUCCAAUAGAAGAUUUAAAGGUUGGUAAAUCCAUAGAUUCAGAUUUUAGGUCAAAUGUCAUUAAAAUGGCAAUGUAUUUGAAAAAAUCAGGGGAUGCAGUCGUAGAAACACUGACAAAUCCAUCUUGGAUUAAAGAAAACUGCAUUGUUCCUACUCUAAAACUCGAUUAUUUGAAGAUAUUAAUGGAUCCUCAGAGUCCGAGGGAUAUCUGA